AUGGAAGCAGAUCAGACUGGUUUUUCGGGUUCGUCGCCGUCCAGCGUAGCAGGUGUAGCGGCUACCGCUUCAACAACCUGUAGCGACGAAGCAAACAACGGGGACUCAACUCCCCCAACCCCUGGAGCAGCAAACAGACAUUCUCCUAUCUACAGUCGUUGUGCCAAUGACAUUAUUUCUGUAAAGGAAGAACCAGAUGAUGACACCCCAACGGUGCUCAUCAGCCCCAGUCAGACGACGCCCCUGCCUUCGAUCUCUGAGGAGAACUGGAGGGCCUACUACCAACAUCCUCUGGUGGUUCUCAACGGGAACACGGAAGAUGCAGUCGGAAUCUACGAAACCUACAAGUUGCCAUCCUUGGCCAAAUUUGGCAAGGGGCUCGUUGGAAAGUUGCCCGCUGCCAUAUGGAGUGUUGCCGUAGCCUCACCUGAACCAGAAAUAAUCACAGCUCACACGGAUACCCAAUCGCCUGUGCCCAGCCCCGUCCAGCCCAGCGACCUGACGAAUAACGGAGCCAUUUACCUGCACCGAGGAGAGGGCAAGGUACAAAUCCUGCAUCCGGGAGACCGCGAGGAUUCCGUCAUCCAGCCUGUUCCGGACGGUGCCAUGCCGGACGGAGGACAGAGAAAGGAUGACAAAGAUCCGGGAAAUGAACAGCAAGCUCUUCCUCUACUUGCCCCCACGGCGGUCGAAGUGAAACAGACUGUUGAUGGAGAAGUGGAAGAAAUUACUGGAGACAUUGUCAGGUCCAGAGAGAUACAAGUUUUAUCUUCGCCUGAACCCACUCAAGCCGAUCUUCCACUAGAAGGUGCGACGUAUCCUACAGGAGAAUUUUCUCCAUCUUCCUACGAAACCCUGGGGACGGGGCAGUACAGUGUACUGACGAAUGUAGUCGUGACUGUUGCACCACCGCAAUAUGGAGCUCAAACUGCAGCAGCCAGCAAUGUUUAUACACUGAAUCCUGGAGAUUACUACAGAGAGCCAACAGAUCAGUACGCCCAAGCAGUAAGGCAGCAUCUUGCUACGUAUCCAGAAACUGUAGAAAAUGUCGCCUACGUCGAGAGGUAUAUCAGACAAAACUACAAGCCAUCUCCUCACGGUCUUACAGUAGAUUUGCCAUCACCCGAUUCUGGUAUCGGAGAAACUACAGUCACCCCAAGAGAUUCCAUACCCCAGAUCUUCGAUUAUGAAAUGCCUGGUCAGCCUCUUCUACAGCCCACAGACGAUGAUUCUUCCACUUCAAGAACUACCCCAGUGCCAUCAUCUCCUUCCAGGAAAAAUUCCUGGAACCACGAAUAUGGCAGAAAUGCCGAAUUGGACAAAGUGCAAAUUCCUAAAAUCUUUUCAGAUGUCGGAUUCCGUUAUUAUUUAGAUUCUCCCAUCUCAACGAGUCAGAGAAGGGAAGAUGACAGAAUGACUUACAUAAAUAAAGGGCAAUAUUAUGGCAUCACACUGGAAUAUAGUCCAGAUCCAGACAGACCUUUAAGGAGCUGUACUGUAAAAUCGACUGUGAUGCUUGUAUUCAGAGAAGAAAAAAGCCCAGAAGAUGAGCUUAAAGCAUGGAAAUUCUGGCACGGGCGACAGCAUAGCGUGAAACAGCGAAUAUUAGAUGCUGAUACUAAAAACAGCUGUGGUAUUAUUGGUCAAAUAGAAGAAGUAACACACAAUGCAAUAGCCUUUUACUGGAACCCCAUGGAAGGACCAGCUAAAGUUAAUGUAUCUGUACAUUGCCUAAGUACUGACUUCAGCAACCAGAAAGGUGUUAAGGGAUUUCCACUGCACAUACAAAUUGACACGACUGAUGACUUAAGGGAAGGUGCUCCCCCUAUUCAUAGAGGAUACUGUCAAAUCAAAGUUUUCUGUGAUAAGGGUGCCGAAAGAAAAACGAGGGAUGAAGAAAGGAGGGCUGCCAAAAGGAAGCUUUCUGCAACAGGGACUAGUCGUAAGAAGAUAGAAGAAAUGUAUCAUCAACCUUGUGAAAGAUCCGAAUUUUAUUCAAUGAGUGAUUUAACAAAACCACCUAUACUCUUCACACCUGACGAUGACAAUGAAAAGCAAUCUUUUUUCUCACAGGUGAAUGGCCCAGAAUUAGCAUUUUAUACCAUUGCUGCUGCAGCUCAAGAGGAAACUCCAGUAGCUGUAACGGAAGUGAAAUCGCUUGACAUUCCUGUAACUCCUCCCAUGAAGAAAUUCAAACUUGCCCCUGCUGAUAGAGAACUAACAGUCUCGUAUUGGGAUCCAGUGCUGCUUUAUGUGAAGAGGGCCGAUGAAGAAAUCUUCCAUCCUCUACACUUGAUGCCGCCAUCGCUAGCAGGUCUUGCCAAGGCACUUGAAAAUAAGUACAAUAUUGGUUCGGAUUUAAUAAGAAACUUUUAUAAAAGGUGUAAAAAAGGAAUCACCGUAGUGAUGGAUGAUGACAUAGUCCGGCUUUACUGCAAUGAAGAUACAUUUAUUUUAGACAUGAUCAAAACAGAAGAUAAUAAAUAUGACAUCACGCUGGUUGAACUUUAGCAUGACGCAAUAUUUCGCAACACAAAUUAUACAUAUAUUUUGCCAUCAUUCAGUAUUUAAAGCUACUUUGAAGAACUGAAAAUAUUAUUGCUGAUAUUCAGCAAUUUUUUUUUACCCCUUUUAGAAUCAUUUUUAUACUUGUUGGGAAUCAUUCAUAUAAUGGUUUGUAAUACAAAGCAUAUAUUGGGCAAAUAUUAAAUUUUAUUUUCUUGUAUAAUUUAUGCUUUGGGUAAGGUAAUUUAACUUCUUACUUUUUACAAAUUUGUUUUUGUAAGUGUGAUUAUAUGUCGAUAUUAUUUAAACAUAUAUUCUCUUCAUUUGCCUAAAUCUGCAGCAUCAAAUAUGUUAUUCCUACAAAACUAUCAGUUUUUUUUAAAAAUAUACUUCAUUUUUAUAUUUAUAUUUUGUGGAAAUUUACAUAGUAAAAAUUUUAAUAGUAGCAGUCAAAAAAUAUAUAUAGAUAUUUGAAAAUGGAUCCAAUUUGAUGUAGUUGACAGCUAUAAAGGUAUAAAAAGAAUCUAUAAUAUUUAUUCCACAUCAAUUAGCUGGAUAACUAAUUGUUUUUAAAACAUGUCUAGCAUUAACUAAGAAUUAUUUUUUCAAUGAUUAAUCAGAACUUGUGGGAAAGGCCAGAUGAUUUUUUAUAUCAAAUUGUAUUUUAAAAAUGCAAGUAUAUGUACACAACACAUCCUACUCGUUUUAAGGGACUCAUAUGAAAAAAGUAAAGCGAAAAUAAAUAGCUAAAUAACAAUUGUUAUAAAUACAGAAUAGAACACGGUAGUUAUCAUUAAAGGAUAGUUGCAUUAAGUAUGAAUACAGUUCUUGGGUACAUUAAAACAGCAGCAUGCAAUUUACUUUCAAUGUAGGAAACCACAUUUUUGUUUCAUUAAAAGUAAACUGAAAAGAAACUAAAACUAAACCAUGACUCGACAUUAAAAUCUGCUACGGUAGAAAAUCCCUAAAGAGAACUGUGUCUUUAUAUGAAUGAUAACUUUUCAAGUACUGGAUAUUUUACUGCUGUCAAUGCAUCAUUUUAGUUACCUUUUCAAUCACAGUAGUAAUUAUAAUUUUCAAUUAUUAAUAUAAGUUUGAUGCUGCAGUUCAAUCAGUUUCUCAUAUUAAAAUAUAAACAGCUGGGAAAUGAUGAUUUGUGCCAAAACAUUUUACAUUAAUCAAUAUUCUUCUUUUAGUACAUAUUUGAUGUACCUUUUUUUUUUUUUUUUUGAAAUAUUCAUAUUGUAACUUUUUUUCAUUUUUACAAAUAUGUGAACUCUAUUCUUCUAUGUUAAAAAAAGUAUUUGGACAUAUGUUAUUUUUCAACAAAUGCUUUCUCUGAAAGUUAUUUCAUGUACAUUCCAGACACAUUCCAUUUUUUAAUUCAAACAUUAUGAAAUUACUUUUUGAAAAAAAAAAAAAAAGUAAAAUGUGCUCAAAGCCAUGUUUUAGUUAUGUUAUGUGCAAUUUUAUGAAAUCAAAACAUACUAGCUGCAGUGCACAGCUCUUGCAGAUUGUUUUUUUAAUGAAGUUUUAUUUGUCAUUGUACUUCUUAUUUUUUGACAUAAUGAGCUUGUGAACUAUUUUUUAUUAAAUUUUAAACAUAUUUAUGAAUGAUUUGAAAGGAGCUAGAAUCAAAAUUUUCAUUCAUGCUACGAGAUUCCAGUUUUGAGAAGGACAAGUUUCUCAUACGAAAAAGUGAUUGACAACAUUUAUCAAUUUUCACCCCAAUCAUGUUUGAAUUUCUACAAACAUACAUGAACUAACUCUAAUAUUCCAUUACAUAAAAAGUUCACUUUCAUCAUGUUCCACUUGCAAGCAAAAUAUACUUGUUGUGUUUAAGGUUUUAACAAAUGAAAAUUUAAUGUUGGAAAGAAAAUCUGUGUUGGCAGAAUUUCUAAGCAUUCACUUUUCGAGAUUAAGAAGUUUUGAACGUUGACUGCCAAACAAAAUCUGAUGUGAUGAGAUUUUUUAAUCCGCAAAAUUUUUCUAUGAAAAAAACUUCAAAAUUGUUGUGAUUAACAGUAUAAAAAUUGAAUUGAUGACUCCUUGGUAACUUUUUGUCUGGUUGACAAAAUGCUUCAGGCCAUACAUUUAAUUUAGCAAUAUCACCAUGAAUUUUGGUAUUUUUAAUUGAAUGAAAAUAUAGUAAAAUUUCUCAGCAUUAAAAACAAGUCUUCCAAACUUUGUCUUUUAUUAUAUUUGUAAGCAAACUGACUGUAAUAAUUGUUAUGUUUAACAUUAUUAUGGAUCGACAUUUUUGAAAUGGCAGCUUAAGUAAAUGUUUCUUAUUUUGGCUGUUUUGUGUAAAUAUUGGGAUAUGGACAACAAAAAAUGUACAGUAUUAGUGAUAUGAAUUCAUAUUCAAUAUCAGUGUAAAUAAAAUCAUUUUUUUACUUUUUAACAGUGUGCAAUUUAUAUUUUUAAUUUAUACCAAUAUUAUAAAGAGAGAGGACGAAUUUUUG